UUCACUUCCUGUUUCUGGGAAAUCUGAUAUUGUUUGGUAGAAUUAAAAGCUGCUGUGUGCUGCAGUAGUUAGUCAGUACCUGCAGGAGAUGAUGGUGUAUAAUGUUUGGAUUUCCUCCCUCCAGGCUCAGUUCAUGCUACGUCUAUAGCAGCCAGUCGCGUAGAGCAGGCUCUGUCCGAGGUGGCCUCCUCCAUGCAGAGCAGUGCCCCCAAACACGGACCCAUGCACCCCUGGAUGACCCUGGCUCAGAUCUGGCUGCACGCAGCGGAGGUGUACACCGGCAUGUCGAAGCCGGCUGAAGCCUCGGCCUGCACACAGGAAGCCUCCAACCUCUUCCCCACGUCCCAUAAUGUACUGUACAUGAGGGGGCAGAUCGCAGAGCUCCGGGGGAACAUCGAGGAGGCCAAGCGCUGGUACGAAGAGUCGCUGUCCAUCAACCCAACACACGUCAAGACCAUGCAGAGACUGGCGCUCACAGCGAAAGUGCGAGCGUGA